CAACUGACUGCUAAGUCUGGUCCGCAGCAUACGUUCUUGCUGCAGCGGCAUGCUCUCCAUUUUUAGCGUUAGGGCCGUAGGGUUGUGACAAACACAAACUCUUAUCACUGUUUAAGCAUUUCUGUGUCAAAUGCCUAAUCCCGAUAAGCAUCAUGCAGGCCACAUGUGCACAGUACAGCAUGGAAACGCAUUCAAGUUCCUCGAUUUGGCCCUGUCCCUGAUUUUGAGCUUCACUGCUGCUUUGAUUCCUUUGAUGCGGGACCUUGGUCGCCUUUGGAAGUCAUGUCUGAAUCAGAAGAAAAGGCCGACCUCUACAAUUAUGGCAUUGUCUUGCCUGUGGACGCAGCCGUUGGACCUGCCCGCAAUGGACUAUCCGGCAACACCCUCCAAGAUGCAAGAGAUAUGGAGCGACUGGGGAAACAGCAGUUGUUCAAGCGCAACUUCUCGUUCAUAUCUACCUUGGGCUUUAUUUCCAUUUACAUGGCGACGUGGGAAUUCGUCCUGGUCUCGCUCGCUCUCGGUCUCGUCAAUGGUGGCUUCGGUGGCCUCUUUUGGACCUUCAUUGGUACCGUCAUCUGCUACAGCACGAUCGUCGCCAGCUUGGCUGAGAUGGAGUCGAUGGCGCCGACGUCUGGCGGCCAGUACCAUUGGACAAGCGAGUUCGCUCCUGAAAAGUAUCAGAAGUUUCUCAGUUACUCGUCGGGCUGGAUGUCCACGCUUGGGUGGCUAGCUAGCACAGCUAGCAGCGUGUUUGUGUGUAGUACAUUGAUUCAGAGUCUUGUUGAGGUUGCGAAUCCGGACUUCGUGUUUCCGAAUUGGCAGUAUACACUUAUCGCAUUGGCCUUUCUAUUCGUUACCAUCUUCUUCAACACUUGGAUGGCAAGGCUAUUACCCGCACUGGAGACCGUCAGUUUGAUUGGCCACGUCUUGGGAUUUGUGGUUGUGCUCGUGCCCCUAUGGGUAAUGUGCCCCAAAAACAGUGCUGCGGAAGUCUUCACAAGUUUUGUGAAUAGCGGUGGUUGGAGUAACAUGGGAACCUCUUGCCUGGUGUCUCAAACAGCGGUGCUGUACUGCAAUCUAGGAUCCGACAGCGUAGUCCACAUCAGCGAAGAGGUUGAAGAUGCAUCUCUUACUGUGCCUCGUGUCAUGUGGUGGUCAUACCUUCUCAACUUGCUCCUCGGCAUUGCCAUCUUGGUCACCAUGCUGUUUUGCAUUGGCACCCUGGACGACGCCCUCAGUGCAUCCGUACCAUACGUGGCCCUUUUCCAGAACACGGGAUCUAACGCCGUGGCUCUAGUUCUCCUUGUUAUAAUCUUUCUACUCAUCUUUUCAGGUAACAUCACCUGCCUCGCCACCGCAUCACGCGAGAUGUGGGCUUUUUCGCGCGACCACGGGUUUCCAUUCUCUCACUGGAUCUCCAAAAUGAACGACAAGUAUCAGAUUCCAUUUAACUCAGUCUACCUUACGUCUGUCCUAUCUGGUAUCUUGUGUCUCAUCAAUUUGGGCUCAACCCUGGCGUUCAACAUUAUCAUUUCACUAACUCUACUCGCUCUCCUUUCGACAUAUACCAUCUCCAUUGGCAGCGUUUUUCUUCGCCGUCUUCAGGGUCGCCCACUUCCUCCUGCACGAUGGUCACUUGGACGAUGGGGCAUAUGGAUCAAUGGCUUUGCCUUUUUUUACAGCAUAUUCGCGAUAGUUUUCGCAUGCUUCCCCAGCGAAUUACCGGUUGAUCCAAGUACAGAGAAUUGGGCGCCCGUAGUUUGGGCUGGUGUUAUAUUGUUGAGCAUUGUGUCGUAUUUCCUGCACGGCAGGACGCAUUAUACUCCACCAGUCCUAUUUGUGGAGGGAAAACGGGUUGGCGCUCUUCAAGGAACAGCCUGAAGUUUUGUAAGGCGAGGACAGUUGUACGAGCAGGUUCACAAUACCAAGCCUGUGCUAUUCAACCCCAGGAUGCCAAAGGCAAGAUAAAAUCUCUUUGAUCUAUACUACCCAAGCGUGCACUUUUUGUUAACACAGGGGGCUGCGAGAGAACCACAAGCAGUCGUCAGAGAUCGUUUCAAGAAUGUUUUUAAUAUUACCGAGGCAAAAAGCACUGAAAUGCGCAAGCGAAACGAUUCAUGGUCAUAGGGUAGCAAGCGCCGGUGAAGGUCAUUUUGUAUAAUCAAUUCUCAUCGCACACAUGCUUAUGUGCAUGUUUGAUAUGCCCUCAGCAAAUGCAUGAAAGUAGCAGAUUCCAUACGCC